AUGUCAACACCUCCAUUCUUUCGGCCGUAUGGAAUGGUCGAAAGGUCCACUCCACCUACAACUCCCUCCGAAUCACUCGCUCCUACGUCCAGCACGACCAGCUCUGUGUCAACCCCGACCAAGACCCCUGAUGACGAAGCAGCUACACCAUCCAUUUGCGACGAAAGACGGCUACCAAAGAGCUCUCAAUGUGCUUUCCCUAUUAACUGGGGCAGCAUUCGCUAUGACGGGAAGCCAUUGCCAUCAAUUCGAUACCGCCAGCCUCAUAAACGCACCCUCAAUUCUAAGGUCCAGCCAUCAGCAAUCUACAAACAUGGUGCUCAGCUGACAACUGAUGGGGAUAAUAAAUACUGGCUGUGCAAAUAUUGCCAUGUGCGCGGCCACCACCACACUGCGCUGUUUUCCAGUGAAAGCACUACUAGCAUCAUAUACCAUCUGAAGAAUCAGCAUAAGUCGGAAGAGUUCGGACGAUCGGUAUUCAACGACUUGCAAUUCAAGGACCACUUCACCGACUGGGUGAUCGACCUCGACCUCACAUUCCAUCAGGCAACACAUCAACGCACUCAUGAGAUCUUUGCAAACUAUAUGGAAGACAUUGGCAAGAUUCUACCGAAGAGCCCAUCCACACUCGGUAGCUGGAUCGGGGAGAAAUGGGUGGGCGAUACGGGGAGGCGUGUUUGGCUAAAGGAAAAGCUACAAGCUGCCUUAAGCAAAAUCCACAUAUCCACGGACGCCCGGACAUCCGAAGAAGGAACAAACUAUUUAGCAAUUGUUGCGCACUUCUUGGAUGUAAAUUAUAAACUGCAAACAGCACUUCUGGACCUUCCACCUCUGAAAGGGCCUCACUCCGGCGAGAACAUUGCGAGGGCACUGUCGGCAGUCAUCGACUUUUACGGCAUCUCUACUGUCCUAGGUUUCUAUAUGAUGGAUAACGCUAGCAGUAAUGACACAUGCAUUCAGGAGCUGGCAAAGAAAUACCCGGCAAUCAAGCCGCAGAGUCGCCUUCGAUGCGUUGGUCACAUGUUGAAUAUCAUCGUCAAGGCCCUCCUCUUUGGGCAAGGUGUGAGCAAGCUGGAACGGCAGCUGCGUGGCGCAUCUGAUGAGGGGCGUUUUGAGAUAUGGAGAAAGCAGAGCUUUGUUGGCAAGCUCCACAACUUCUGUGUGUGGAUUAACAGGAGUGAUCAGCGACGAGAGCUGUUGAAACAGUAUGUGUUGACAGCGUACGAAGAAGGCAGCAUCGAAACCCUCUAUACUAGAGUGCUAGUUGAUGGUGGUAUCCGCUGGAACUCUGCGUAUGCGAUGAUUGAAAGAGCCCUCAAACUUCGCCACGCCAUCGAUCUUUUCUUCCUCAACUAUAACCAUAACGCUAUCCAAAAUACCCCAAGACUAAGCAUUCGAGCGGCUGCCAAAAUCUAUAUGGUACCUCAUAGUACACUCAGCGCUCGAGUUAAGGGAAUCGCCGCACGACGCGAUACUAUGCCGCCUUGUCGGAAACUUACAAAUCUAGAGGAAUCAACAAUUGUUGAAUAUAUUCUUGACCUAGAUUCGCGAUCAUUUCCUCCCCGGCUUAGUGGUGUGCAAGAUAUGGCGAAUCGACUGCUCGCGGAUCGCGACGCGCCUCCCGUGGGACCACGAUGGGCUUCAAACUUUGUCAAGCGCCACAAAGAGCUUACUACGCGUUUUACGCGUAGAUAUGACUAUAAGAGAGCCUUGUGCGAAGAUCCAAUACUAAUUCGGCCCUGGUUUGAGCUCGUGCGCGACACAGUCGCGAAAUACGGCAUCCUAGAGGAGGAUUUCCACAAUUUUGACGAGACUGGCUUUAUGAUGGGCAUGAUCUCAACCACCAUGGUUGUUACAAGCUCAGAUAGACAUGCCAACCCAACCUUGGCUCAACCAGGUGAUAGAGAAUGGGUUUCGGUAAUCCAAUCUAUUAAUUCUCGAGGUGAGGCUAUCCCGCCAUUUAUCAUCGUUGCGGGGCAAUAUCAUCUUGCGAACUGGUAUGAAGAUAGCGCGCUACCGAAGGAUUGGGUUAUCUCUAUAACUCAGAAUGGCUGGACUACAAAUGAGAAAGCCGUAGAAUGGAUUAAGCACUUCGAAAAGCACACUAAGCCGCGAAGUCAAGGUGCAUAUCGUCUUCUAAUCAUGGAUGGGCAUGAAAGCCACCACUCCACGGAAUUCGAGCUAUUCUGCAAGGACCAUAAGAUUAUCACGCUCUGGUUAAUGAGAGGGCGGAUUACGCACAUUACGAAGGCGGACUUCCUACCCGCAUUUUGCGCUGCAUUUAAAGCUGCAAUGACGGAAAAGAAUAUCCAGGGAGCUUUUCGGGGUACAGGGCUUAUUCCAUUUGACCCAAAAAGUGUCUUGUCGCGGCUAGAUAUAAGGCUACGGACGCCAUCGCCUGUUGAAGAGGCUAUUGAGCUACCACAACCGUGGGUUCCAAAGACCCCAAAUAACCCAACGGAGGCGACUUCGCAGACUGAUUAUAUUAAAAGACGAAUAAGCCGCCACCAAGGAAGUUCUCCAACAUCAAUUUUAGUUGCUAUGGAUCAAUUUGCGAAGGGAACAUGCGGACUUAUGCACAAGAUAGCCCUAUUAAAGGCUGAGGUCAACCAACUUCAAGAGGCCAAUGCAAUACUAAGCAAGCGGCGUAGAGCUAGAAAAACGCGUCUACGUAAAGGAGGUAGCAUGACUAUUGCCGAGGGACAAGCUCUUCAGGACCAGAAUGACGUAGAUGAGCAGAUAAAGCAAGAAGAUCGCCAGACAAGAGGUCGCAAGCCGCGGGAUGAGAGGAAGGGUCGGCGAUGUUGUGUGUGCGGCAAGCCGGGCCAUAAUGCACGAACCUGUAGGAUUGAUGUGGAAACAUCUAAUGAAGAGGAUACAAGUGAAGAUUAA